AUGGCCGACACCCCCACCUGGGAUUCUACACGGACUCCAAGCUCGCGGCCAGCGUCUGUACGAUCCGGUAGAUCAGCACGAUCAGCACCAUCCGAUCCGUCAAGUCGAACGACCGAGGAGACACCCCUACUUCAGCGAGAGAACAGUCGGCGUAGUAGUCAUCAUGGCUCCGAGGACGGCCGGCCGCAGUCGCCUGCCGCCUCAGCGCUGCUACGCUCUUUGAACGACUCUCCGCGAGACCAGCCGAGCAAGUCGCGAAGAUGGCCGAGCCUGGUAGCCCUCCUGUUGCUAUGCGUUGUCACGGUUUUGAUAAUGGUGGUUGGCUUCUUUGCGCCGGAAGCGGUGGAAGAGUACGCGACGCAAGCUGUAGUCUUUGAGCCUACGAGGCUGGCUAUCAACUCGUUCACGGAUAGCGGGGUGCGGGCGCACAUAGAAGGGGACUUCACCAUGGAUGCAUCCAGGGUUAAGAAGAAGUCUGUCCGCAACUUCGGCCGGUUCGCGACAUGGGUCGCAAAAGAGGUGGAGACCGAACCGACGGAUGUUGAGGUGUACCUGCCAGAGUACGGCAACGUUGUGCUCGGAACGGCCAAAGUACCACGCAUCAAGGUCGACAUUCGCAACGGGCAUACCACUCAUGUCGGUUUCUUGACCGACCUGGCGCCUGGCGAGGUCGGCGGCAUACGGAGGGUAGCGAAUGACUGGAUUGACGGAAGACUGGGUCAGUUGAGGGUUCGGGGAAAGGCUGAGGUUGCGAUACGAUCUGGGAUAAUCCAUCUAGGAAAACAGACAGUUGAGCAGUCUCUGGUUUUCCAAGGCAAUGAUUUACCCACCGCUCCAGCCUAUAAUAUCUCGAAAAUAAACUUCCACGAGGUCAACCUGCCGUUUGCUCGCAAGGGCAUGGCCGCGGAUAUCUCCCUGACCGUUCAGAACAACUAUCCGGUAGACUUCACAAUCCCACCCUUAGGCUUCGCCAUAUUGGUCGACAAUUGCUCGCCAACAGACCCCUAUAUCAUGAUAGCAGAUGCAACAACUGAAGAGCUCCAUAUCGAGCCCAAGCAGGACGUCCAUCUCAACGUAUCCGGUAUCGUUCGUCAGCUACCUGAUGCUCUUAUCACAGCCUGCCCAGGCUCUCACGAGUCCCCUCUCGACGCCCUUUUGGGCGACUACAUUCACGGGUCCGAUGCUACUGUCUACGUUCGCGGUUCCGACUCACCGUCACUUGACACGCCGAAAUGGAUUACCGAUCUCGUGUCAGACAUAACCGUUCCCGUGCCUUUUCCAGGCCGCCAGCUGGAUCAUCUGCUCAAAAGUUUCUCGUUGGCAGACGUCCAGUUCCACCUACCAGAACCGUUCGCCGAGCCCGAUACGCCAGAGGCGCAGCCAAAGAUCUCUGCAAAAGUCAAGGCCUUGGUUGGUCUGCCGGAAGAGAUGAGCUUCCCAGUUAGUGUAGAUCGGGUGAAGGCCGAUGCGGACGUGUAUUACCAUGGCAAGAAGCUAGGAAACCUGGAUCUGCACAAGUGGCAGAAAGCCAACUCCAGCCGCAUCGAAGCGGACAAAGACGGGCAACCGGCGCUAGAAGUGGAAUCACGCGUCGACAAGGCACCUCUGACCAUAACGGACGAUGCUCUAUUUAGCGAGGUUGUGCAGGCCCUCAUCUUCGGCGGAAAGCCUCUUGUUCUCGGCAUCAAAGCCAAGGUUGACGUUGAGAUAGAGACAGCGCUCGGCAAGUUUGCCGUGCGCAAGGUUCCGGCGGAAGGCGUCGUUCCUGUAAAACCUAUUGGAAACAAGGGCGGUUUCGCCUCCUUGGGCCUCCAGAUCGGCGAUAUUGAUAUUGUGCAUACGGGACCGAGCUCGCUUACUCUGCAGGCUGAGGUCAACUUUACCAAUCCGACUGAAUACUCGGCCACGGUGCCAUAUGUGAAUGUCAAUAUCCUCAAUAAUGGCACCAUCCUGGGCCAGGCUACUGCUAAGGGGGUCGUCGUCGUCCCGGGGCCAAAUAAAAAUAUUCUCGUCGAGGUCCUCUGGGAUCCGCUGGCGUCAAGCGGCAAGACGGGCGCCGCUGUUGGCAGAGAGUUGUUGUCGCAGUAUAUCUCUGGUUACAAUACCACUCUGACAAUAAAACCACAUAACGGCACUGUGCCCUCUCAGCCUGCCCUCGGCAAAGCCCUCUCAGGUCUGGAGAUCGAAAUGCCAACGCCCAAACUCCGCGCCCCAAAGAGCGGCGACGACGAUGAUGGCGACGAUGACAAGGAUGGCAUCAGUUUCAUACGAGAGGCCACAAUGCACCUCCUAACCUCGACCGCAAUCUUCACUCUCUCCUCCCCCCUCCGCCACACCCCAAUAUACCUAACCCACAUCAACGCAACCGCUUACUACCACUCCUCAGCCGUGGGCCGCAUCAUCUACGACCUGCCCUUUGCCGUUCCGCCCGGGGAGUCGCAGUCCCCCCGGCUGCCGGUGGACUGGAGUCUUGGGUCUGUCGGGUACGAGGCUGUGCGGAAGGCGUUGGGGGGGAUUUUAAAGCUGAAUGCGAGUGCGGAGGUGGGGGUUGGGAUCGGGAGGUGGCGGGAGGAGGUGUGGGUCGUGGGGAGGGGUAUUGGGGCUAGGGUUAGGUUGUAG